AUGUCUGAAGAAGACCCAGUCGUGCAAGAAAUUGAUGUAAACCUCUCAAAUGUUGAGCAACUGAUGGUGCUGUUCCAGUACCCACUUAGGGAGAUCAACAGACCAUAUGGCGAUGCUGGACCGCUUAAGAAGAUCACUGCUAAAACCCUCAACAACAAGAUAGCUAUGACUUAUGGCUUAGACAAAGAAUCCAAAAAUUAUGAUAAAAAUGCUCCAAAUAGCAGAGGUGACGAAGAUGAAGAGGAUUUGCAUAAGCUUACCAGCACUCAUAUCCCAACACAGACUUCGUAUUGUGUGGGUACCUUCAAGAACAACGAGUUUUACCUCACCCCAGUAGAUGAUAUCUACCAAAUGAGGCCUGACUUCGAGCAUGUAGACAAAGAACUGAUGGAAAGGAUCAUCCCAGGACCAGAAAUAGCCCUUAAAUCCGCUCAAAAGCCUCAAAACAGCAUCAAAAUAGUCAAUGAUUCUUUUAAGGAACAGCAACAAAUGGAACUUGAACUUAAAAUGGAGGAGGAACAAGAGCUCAUAGUUAACCCUCUCUCAAGCUUGAAAUCCCAAGAGUUAAUGGCUAAGCUUACUUCAAAAGAGGUUCCUGCUCCAGACUCUAUUAUUGACAUAAAAGCUGAUAAAUAUCUUCCCCAAAUCCUGCCUCCCUCAAGCACAGAAGAGUACCAAGUAGAGAUCACUAAGCAGCGGGAAGGAAUCAUUAGCAUUGAAGCAUUUCAGUCUUUAGAUUACAAGAAAUUCUUGGUUGAGGUACUAAUGCACUUCAGAAUAAUCUCUGCUACAAAGUUUACUAAUCUUCUCAAGAACUACUUUACCAAGAACGAUCAUCUUGGAGUGAAUCCUGAUGAGAUAAAUGAGGAGUACCUAGCCAAAGAAAUUAGAGAAAUCGCCUUCGUUCUUCCAAACGGCUAUUGUGUGAUCAAGACCCACCAUAUCUACGUAGAUGAUCUCAUGAAAGUUCUUAGGAACAAGAUCUUGUUCACUCUUCUCAGUAGAGAACUUGCUGGCCAGAAGGAACCGUGUGUUCAGACUUAUGAAUUCAACCACAUCUGUGAAGGGACUUACAUCAGGAUGGUAUUCAGAGAGCUGUGCCAAAACAGAGCUGGCAAAUGGUACUUCAAGAACCAUAACACUGACUCUCUCUUCCAGAACGGAUCCGACCUAAAAGACCUAUAUAGCCUGUUCAAGGACGAGGAGCUUGUCAAAAUGAUUAAGGCCGAAAUAGAUGAAACCAUCAACGAAACAGAUAAGUACUUAGCUCAAGCUCUGAAGUCAUAA